AUGGAGGAUGGGGGCAUGUCCUGGGCGGGAACGAUGUGUUUGGUGAUUGAGAGAGUGAGCUGGCAGGUGCUGCUGAUGGGGGGCUAUUGCCUGAUGACCUGCAGGGGGAGUGUCUUCACAGCAGCCCGGUGCCUGCAGGUAGCUGGGAGGCACGGGGGUGUGGCAGGCGGCCUGGUGUCCGCCUCACCACCCCCUCUGCUGCAGAGUUCCUUCCCCUGGAUGCCCUACCUGCCCAUGUCCUGCAUCUUCACCUUCAUCCUCAGCUUUGGCAUCGGCCCCACAGGAGUGACGGAGGUCCUGGCCACUGAGCUGUUUGACCAGACAACCCAACCUGCUGCCUACGUGGUCUAUGGGGUGCUCCUGUGGACCAUGCUUUUCUCGGUGGGGCUAGGCUUCCCCUUCAUCAUGGAGGGCUGGUCACACUUUGUCUAUGUCCCUUUCCUUCUUGUCUGUGUCUACGGGGCCAUCUAUGUAGGCUUGUUCCUUCCUGAGGCCAAAGGCAAGACCUUCCUGGAGAUCUCUGAGGAAUUGCACAGACCCAACUUCCCAGGCCCGACUCAGGGGUCCAGGUGAAGGGGCCCUCAGAGCUCUAGCCCCACAGCCCACCUCAGCCCAGGGUGGCCAAGCCCAACACAGGUGCUGCCCAUUCCUUUGCUUCCUUCUGUCUGUGGCCCUCUCCAUUUGCUCACUCCUGCUUUAGUUUGUUUAACGAGCAUUUAUUGAGUGCCUACUGUGUGCAGGCAUGGUGCCAGAUGCUUAGCAGUCAGUGGUGAACAAGAGAAAUGGAUCCCAGGUACUCCCCAUUUAGAGGCAAUCAACUGACAGGAAACACACAGUCACCCCAAUAUAGGCAUAACUACAAACUCGGGAAGAUGCAUUGGAGAAAGAUGCAGGUUGUGAGGGUGUGCAUGUUGGGGGAGCCUGACGUUGUCUGUGGAUUUCUGAGGAAUUGACUUUUUGAAAAUCAACUUUGUCAAGGUAUAAUUUACAUACAGUAAAAUUUAUCAAUUUUAAAUAUAUCUUUGACGACUUUUGACAAAUAUCUGCACCCAUGAAGCCACCACCAUUAUCAAGAUAGAAAAUUCACAUCACCCCAAAAGAUCACUCUGCAGGGGCACACCCAGCCCAAGAUUUUUAAUAAGAAUUUGAUAUACAUAUGGAAUCAUACAGUAUGUAUGUUUUUGUGUCUAGUUUCUUUUGCUCAGGAUAAAGUUUUUGAGAUUCAUGCAUGUUUGUCUUAGGCUGGGUUCUCUACAGAAGCAAAAGCAGUAAAGCAUAUAAAUAAAUACAGAGAGAUUUAUAUCAAGGAGAUGGGUCACGUGGUUGUAGAGCCUGCAGUGUUCCAAGUCCAUAAUCAGGCUGGAGGCUUCUGAUUCACGUAGCCACGAAAGCUGGCACACCCAGGAUUGGCAGGUCAGACAGCAGGGCUCUUGCUCAGGCUGCAAAGACUGAUGAAUCACAAGAUUGGCAGACAAGACUACGGUAAGCUGCUAGCUCAAAUCCCAAGAACCAGAGGUCAGACAAACAGGAGCCAACUGAAGGAUCCAAAGGGAGCAAAAGCCCACAAGUCUUGCCAGAAUGGCCACUUAUAUUCAAUGCAGGCCACACACCCAAGGAAACUCCCUUUCAACUGGCUACUCACAGCAGAUCCCAUCAUGGAGGUGAUCACAUUAUACCAAUCUCAUCAUGGAAGUCAUCCCAUCAUCAUAUAACUGCCAAACUACAUCAUAACUGCCAAACCACUGAGAAUCAUGGCCCAGCCAAGCUGACACACACAACC